AUGACUGAAGUCGCCGACCCCAGCCAGAAGAAGCGCAAGCUUCAAGACGGCCCCGAACUCGAGAUCGAUAUUUCUGCGCCGGAGCCGCCAUCGAAAAAAGCCCUACGAAAGGCGAAGAAAGUCAAGAAGACCGACGGAGAGGCUGACGACACCGGAAAGCCUCAGACUGAGAAGGUCGAAUCUAAAGACGCUGCCGAUGCGCAGGCAAAGCGCUCUCAGUAUGGAGUCUGGAUCGGCAAUUUGUCCUUCAACACCACCAAGGACGACCUGCGCCAAUUCUUCAUCGACAAUUGCUCCUUCUCCAAUGAUACGAUUACACGAGUACACAUGCCCAAUGGUGCUGAGAAGUUCGGGCGUCCCCAGAACAAGGGCUUUGCCUACGUUGACUUUUCCACCGAGAAGGCUCUGGAGGAAGCAAUUGGUCUGAGCGAGCAACUACUGACAGGCCGCCGCGUGCUGAUCAAGAAUGCGAAUAGCUUUGAAGGUCGGCCCGAGAAGACUGCGGAUCAGGGUAACGCUGCUACCUCGGCCAAGCCUGGCAAUCCUCCAUCCAAGCGUAUCUUCGUAGGCAACCUGAGCUUCGACGUUACGAAGGAAUCCCUCGAGGAACACUUUGCGAAAUGUGGAACGGUGGCCAAUGUGCAUAUGGCGACCUUCCAGGACACAGGAAAAUGCAAGGGGUAUGCUUGGGUGGAGUUUGAAGAAAUUGCGGCCUCGGAAGCAGCGGUGAGAGGCUUCGUGAUGGAGAAGGAGGAGGAGGAAGAGGAAGAAGAGUCCAGCGACAGCUCCGACUCUGACGAAGAAAGCAAGAAGCCCAAGAAGAAGGCGAAGAAGAAGGCCAAGAAGCCCUACCAGCGUCGAAUCUGGGUGAAUCAGCUCUUGGGUCGCCGAAUGAGAAUGGAGUUUGCGGAGGAUGCGUCAACACGAUACAAGAAGCGCUUUGGCAAGGAUGGCGAAGGAAAGAAGAAUGGUCAACCUGCAAUUACUGAGGAGGGUGCUGAGCCGUCUGAGGAGCAGCCCCGAGUUCGUAAGCAAAGGCGGCCAGACAUUGAUGAGUCUCGGUACUCCAAGGAGACUGUGCAACGUCUUAGUGGUGCCAUUGUUGAAGCCCAAGGCAAGAAGGUCACUUUUGACUAA